CUACUACAACUGCAGUACUAGCUUUUUCUGGAGAGAGAGAGAAAGUUAACCAGGAAACAACCAUGGAAGCCAAGAAAUUUAAACAAAAGCUAUAUGAAUUCGAGACCCAAAACUGUAAAAAGGAAGAUGAAGCAAACAUCAUCGCAGAAUCUUCACAGAAGCAGAAAAGGAAGAGAAUGCAAUCUGUGACCAAGAAAAACAUGGUCUCGGAAAGGCCUUUAAGUCUCAAAUCUAAGGAUAAGCAAGUAUCUUCUCGUAAUUCCAAAAAAUUGGGAAGAAGUAAAGGAAAGAGGACCAGGUUUAGUGAUAUAUAUGAUAAUAUUGAAGCUAAAUAUUCUGUUAUGGAGCGAGCAGAAAGGGUGGUGGCAAGAUUAGCAAAUGAGGUCCCUAGCUUUGGGAAGUGUAUGCUCCCAUCAAAUGUUGCUCAUGGAUUUUGGCUGCAUCUUCCCAAGAGCUUUUGCAGCCAGCAUUUACCAAAUCAUGAUGCUACUGUUGUUUUGGUAGAUGAAUGGGCAAAUGAAUAUGAAACAUCCUACCUUCUGUAUAGACAUGGUCUGAGUGCUGGCUGGAGAGGUUUUUCUGUAUCUCACAGACUACUCAAAGGAGAUAUAUUGAUUUUCGAGUUGAUUGAACCUUGCAAGUUAAAGGUACAAAUAGUGAGAGUUAAUGAGACAGAUGUUGUAGAAGCUGCACUUUGCCUCUUGAAUUUGAAUGCUUGCCAAAACGGGGUUAAUUUGGAUCUCGUGAAGAAAGACAAUAAGAAGCGUAAAAAAGUUAAAUACGUGGAGCCUUUUCUGUCUGAUAUUUCUACACCUCUAGAGAGCAGUCAAAGUAAAGGCAAAAAUACACUAAAUUCUAGCCUUGAUCAAUCCGGAAGUAAUAGUGAUGAUUUUGGCUCCAAAGUUCUUCAAGGUUCAGAAGUCACUAACCGCCUCUGCUACUCGGAAACACCAUUUCUGCAUGACCAUCCCCACAAUGGUGUCACUUGUAGCUAGACUCCUUGAGAAUUUUUGGGUUUUGGCACUUCCUCGGGGCUCAGCACCUUUCUCUGCUAGUUUUCUCUUGCCCCGGAAAGACAAAUUCAUUGGAAAAAAUCUCGAGAGCUUUGGAGUUUGAUAUUACAACUUGUGGAAGGUAAUGAAUAUAUAAAUGGAAGCAUUUGGAGUAUAGCAGCUGACAUACAAACCUUAAUAUACUGAUAUGUAAAUGGGCAUGUUCUUGUGCAUUUACUGGUAACUCUGUGUAUGUUACAGAUGUAAAAUGAGAAUUUUACAUGAAUCUCAUAGUCAACUGCAAAACAGAACUGGGAAUUACUUGAGAUUUCUUUGAGGAUUUAUAUUGCAAGAUAUGUACAACUCCCUGAGUCCCUCUACAAAUUUUGCAAUAGCAACUAUAUGAAAAAUCAAAUUCAGUGUUGAUGUCA